AUGUGGAAGACACACUCUUACAAGACUAAAGCUGUAUCUUUGUAAUCACAAGGAUCAAAAGAGCUGGAAGAGAAUAACUUUCUUACAAAGUGAGUCAGUGUUAUUUAAUGCUGUUCCCCUGUACCACCAAAAAUUCCUCUCUUCCUACCCACAGAGUAUUAUAGCCCAAUAUCGUUUUCAGAAUGAGCUCAGGAACUAUGCCUCAAAGCAGAGAAGUCUUUAAACUAUUGAUCUCUGAGAAAAUCAAUGAGACCUGCUCUCUUUUGAUCUGGCCAAAUUAAUAAACUUGGUUAUGUUUCCAGGCUAAAGAGGAAGUGAUGGACAAUCGAAGCUACUCUAAUCUGCCAGAAAAACUGCCUGUUUUCUCUGAUUCUGUCCACUUGCCACUGACCAGGUCCUUCUAUCUGGACCCCAUGGUCACUUUCCACCUGUACCCUGAUGCCCCAGUACCAUCCCCUUUCUCUGAAGACCUGCCGUUGCUGCCUUUUCCCAAUGAUUCCCUGAUCAUGGAAAAUUAUGGUGAACCCUGCUCCUUCUCCUUCCCCAUGCCUUAUGCAAAUUACAGAAGGUGUGAAUAUGCCUAUGGGCCAGCCUUCAUCCGGAAAAGGAAUGAACGGGAAAGGCAGCGGGUAAAGUGUGUCAAUGAAGGCUAUGCCCAGCUCCGACAUCAUCUGCCAGAAGAGUACUUGGAGAAACGACUCAGCAAAGUGGAAACCCUCAGAGCUGCUAUCAAGUACAUUAAUUACCUGCAGUCUCUUCUGUACCCUGAUAAGACUGAAACCAACAAUAACCCCGAGAAAGUUUCCUCCAUAAUGGCAACCACCAGCCGCCACAGUGACCCCAUUUUUAGAAUCAUUUGAUCCUAAACAGAAACAAAUAAUUUCACAAAAUGGAGUCUUUUACAGCAUCAUUCAAUAGUUUUUCCUAAAUGUAAUUUCUGA